AUGACUUCUAUUAGUAAUAAUUCAAAUAUUACUGAAAAUCCUGACUGGAUAUGGUCUUUUAGAACAAUCAGCGUGCUUACUUUAUGCAGUGUGAUUACUCUUCUAACUAUAUUAGGAAAUGGAUUAGUAUUACUUUCAGUUAAAUUUCGACUUCAUGCUCGAUCUUAUUCUGACUAUUUUAUUGUCAGUUUAUGUCUGGCAGAUUUUUUUGUUGGCUUAUUUGUCAUGCCACUUAUGAUAGUACAUUCAUUACAUUUACGUUGGCCAUAUGAUUAUCGCCUUUGUUAUGUCUGGAUGGCAAUUGAUUUUACAUGUUCAACAGCAUCAUUUCUUACUCUUGCUUCUAUGGCUUUAGAUCGAUAUUGGGCAUUAACUGCACCUUAUUUUCAUCUACGUAAUCGUUCUUAUUCAUCUAUAUUAAUAUUUAUAAUCAGUUCAUGGGCUAUUCCCUUUGCCAUAUGGCCAGGUUCAAUAUUUAUUGCGCACCGUUAUAAUAGAAAUGAACCAUCCUGUGUACAUCCAGCACCUCCAUUUGUUAUACUUAUAUUAUGUUCACUUUUCUACUAUAUACCACUAUUCUUUAUGCUUGCUUGUUAUUCACGGAUCAUCGUGAAUAUAAAAAAUAUUGAAGUAUUAAUACGAGGUACUUGGGACACAAUCGAUAUGAGUACAUCGUCUAAUGAUUUGAAAACAUCCGUUAUAACAGGCAACACAACAUCGAUCUUUGGUGAUCAUACUCGGAAUAGUAAAAAUACCAGUUCAUCAAUAUCUAUGUCAUUUACAUCAUUACGUUCUCUUAUUUAUAAAUAUUUUCAACGAAGUCAAACAAGAAAAUCAACUAACAAAGAAUCUUUACGUACCAAUGAAAGACCCAUUGUAAUAAAUAAAGUAUCAAUAACUCGAAAACAUGCGAAUGAAUAUCAUCAUAUUACAUCUAAAGGACGAUCAGCAACAGUUACUAGAAAUAUAAAUACUAAUUUAUUAAAAGUAAGAACAUUAUCAUCAGCAGCUUCUUAUCAUUAUUCAUCUCGAAAUGCCACAACAGCAACAUUUACAGGACAAAAACGUUUUUGUAAUGAUGGAAUUGAAGAUAAUCGAUUAAAACAUGAUUCAAAUAAUAAUAAUCAAGAAGAAGAACAACACUUAGUUCGAGCUCGUCAUAGUACACGUACAUCAUCAUUACCAGCAGCACGUUGUGUAUCAUAUUAUUAUUAUCAAAAUCAAAAUCCUUCACAAACAGUUAUAACAAAAGCAAUUAUUGAAGAUCAACAUCGAACUAUUAAUAAUAGUACUCAUUAUCCUAAUUCACGUCCAAAUUCUGUAACAACUGAUCGUAAUCGAUCACAUUUACAUUCAUCUGUUCAAUGUCUUGGUAAUACUGCUAUUGUACCAACAGAUUUAUCAGAACAUAGUUCAUCAUUCGAAAAUAAUGUUGAUGAAGAACAUCGUCGUUUAAAUCGUCAUACACAACAAUCAGGUUUAUCAACAUCAUAUCAUUCAAGUCGUUAUAGUCAACGUGCAGUCGCACAAUUUAUGCAUGAAAGACAUAAAGCCCGUUUAAGACGAAAUCAAAAAGCAAGCCGAAUGCUAGGAAUUUUACUUGCUGUUUUUCUUAUUUGUUGGCUUCCAUUUACAAUAUCUUAUCCGACGAUGAUAUUCUAUCCAAAUAAAUUUCCAAAUUCACUUCAAAUCAUUAUAUUUUGGUUUGGUUAUAUAAAUUCCUUACUCAACCCUUUUCUAUAUGUAUAUAGUUCACGUAGUUUUCGUCAAGCUAUUAUUGAAACUCUAUGUUGUUAUGUUCGAUUUCGAUCACGACAACAAUUACGGUAUCAAUGGUCAUUUCGAGUUGGUCGUAAAUAA